GGCACAGCCAUGGUCAAGACCCAUACUCAAAACUAAAAACACAUUUUAUUGAGUAAGUGGGUCAGUGAGUCAGUCAGUCCACAGUCUGACGGAACCCGCCAUUUCAUCCGUUCGCCACCCACUCAACCCCCAACACGCGGCCGGUAACAACCCCACAUUCUCACGGCCAACUUGGGGGUUCACGGCCGGUGGAUGACCAAUAGCAGUUGCUGAACAUCUGACAUGGCCGAUGAAGAAACCCAUCCCCAAACCGAACCACAACACGAGCACAUUGACGACGCCAUUGCCGACUCUGCCGCCAUUUCUUCCUCAGCUUCAGCAACCACCACUUCCGAUGCUCCGCCGCAGCAGAAAGCGUCGCCGGCUGCCAAACUCCCAUCCAGACCCCGCAAGAUCCGGAAGCUCUCCCCUGUACCCUCCGCCACUCUACUCCCAAGAGUCAUCACUCGUCCCCUCUCAUGCUCCGGCGAGCUCGAGACCGCCAUUCACCACCUCCGAUCAGUCGACCAGAGGCUUGCCCCACUCAUCGACUUCCACCCACCUCCAACCCUAGAGCCCUUCCUUCCUCCAUUCCUAGCCCUAACAAAAAACAUCAUCUUCCAGCAACUCGCCCUCAAAGCGGGAACUUCAAUCUACACUAGUUUCGUCUCUCUCUGCGGCGGAGAGUCGAACGUCCUCUCUGACGUUGUUCUAAACCUAUCUCCGCAACAGCUCCGGCAAAUAGGAAUCUCCGCUCGAAAGGCGAGCUAUCUACACGACCUAGCGAGGAAAUACCAGAAUGGGAUCUUAUCUGAUAAAUCCAUCAUAGAAAUGGACGAUAAAUCUUUGUUCACAAUGCUUACAAUGGUCAAUGGAAUCGGAUCAUGGUCAGUUCACAUGUUCAUGAUCUUUUCACUGCACAGGCCGGAUGUUUUGCCAAUACACGAUCUGGGGAUAAGGAAAGGGGUUCAAAUGCUAAACCUGCUCGACGAAUUGCCUAGGCCAUCUCAGAUGGAUCGGUUCUGUGAGAAGUGGAGGCCGUAUAGGUCAGUGGCGGCAUGGUACAUUUGGAGGUAUGUGGAGACAAAGAAUGUAAAUUCAAAUGCCAAUCUGGUAGGGGUAACGAGUCUGGAUACGGGUUUGCAGCAUCAGCAGCAGCAAGAACAACAACAUCAGCAUCAGUUGUUCAUGGAGGACCCAAUUAGUGGGAUGAUGAAUCUGGGUUAUCAUUUUCCAGUCUCUUCUAGUUUUGAAUGAAACCUUACUGUCACACCAAUUUUCAUCAGCAAUUUUUCGGAAUCGUUUUCUUGUGGCCUUCGCGUAUUAGUGUUCCUACUAAUUGAAGAUUCACAGGGAAUUUGCUCUGGGACGGUGACUGAGAUCCAAAUGCGCCCCAAAGUUGUUCUGUGGGGGGAUCAUAAUUAUGAUGUAAGUAAAUCUCCACCACCUCACCUGAUGAACAUGGAGAGUUAAAGGUUGAAGACAAUUUAACUUCUGUUUUAGCUUGAUAGAUUGUACUCUCAACUCUCUGGUAGGGUUAUUUUUCCUGCUAAAACCAAUACAACUGUAUCUAUGCGUGGUUAAACAUUAAGACUCAUUUGGUAACGCGUAAGGGUUAUUUUGUAGAGCAACUAGUUUCUGCAUUUACACAGCUCAUUAUUCACCCUGAUGUAACAAUAUUCAGAGACAUAUCUGUGAUCAAAUCCUAUGUUUUGAUUUUGUUGGGUUACAAAGAUCAUGAAUCCUCCAAAUUUUAAUCUUAUGCUCAUUU